CUUCUGUGUUCCAUCAAGCACAAAUUCAGAAUAAAUCGAGCAGUGUUUGUGCUCCCGAAAAAUAGUUUCAGAAAGCAUGAAGUUAGUAGCUUUCGGAUUAGUUUUAUUGGGGUGCCUCCAAUCUUUGGCAGCUCCUGACCGCCAAGUCAUAGCACUGCAUGAAAUAAGGAUGAUGCUCACCGACAGCCGCGGUGUUUUGAAAGACUGGAAUGAUAAUCAAGUUAGUCCCUGCUACCUUGCUAAUGUUAGAUGUGAUCAACACGGCGACGUUAUUGGAAUAACUUUGAGCUCGUCAGGAUUAAGUGGAGUCUUGUCACCCAGCAUUGCAACGAUAAAAACUUUACAGCAGCUGUUAUUGGACGGUAACAGCAUAACAGGAGGAAUUCCACAAGAGUUAGGGAACCUAUCAAAUUUAAUGACUCUGAAACUUGGAAGAAAUAAAUUAAAUGGCUCGAUACCUGAAUCUGUUGGCCUUCUUUCAGAACUCCAAAAUCUGGAUCUAAGCCACAAUUUGUUGAUUGGCAACAUUCCGAGCUCCUUGUCAAAUCUUCCAUCGUUGAACAAUAUCAAUCUUGCAUAUAACAGUCUUAGCGGCGAAAUACCAGAACAGCUACUUCAGGUGUCCCAAUAUAACUAUACAGGCAAUCAUUUGAAUUGUGACCAGCACUUAACUUCAUGUGCGGGAGGCACUAAUAAGACAGCAACAGGUGGAUCAAGGAACUCCACACUCAAGGUGAUUAUUGGAAGCAUUGGUGGAGCAGUCACACUGAUUGUGUUUGUAGUUCUAUUUCUGCUAUGGUGGCAAAGAAUGCGCCACCAUCCUGAAAUCUACAUUGAUGUUGCAGGUCAGCAUGACCACAGCCUAGAGUUUGGGCAGAUAAAGCGUUUCUCGUGGCGAGAACUCCAGAUUGCAACCAAUAAUUUCAGUGAGCUAAGUGUUCUUGGCAAGGGCGGUUUCGGUAAAGUGUACAUAGGAGUGCUUCCAGGUCCAGACAGUAAGAAAGUUGCAGUCAAACGACUGUUUGAAGUGGAAAGCCCCGAAGGUGAAAUGGCUUUCCUCAGAGAAGUGGAAUUGAUAAGCAUUGCUGUGCAUAAGAACAUAUUAAGAUUAAUAGGGUUCUGCACAACGCCGACCGAGCGGCUCUUGGUAUACCCUUUCAUGGAGAACCUGAGUGUUGCUUCCCGUUUAAGAGAUAUAGAACUUAAUGAACAAACAUUAGAUUGGCCAACAAGAAUGAGAAUCGCACUUGGUGCUGCCCGUGGUUUGGAAUAUCUUCAUGAGCACUGCAAUCCCAAAAUCAUCCACCGUGAUGUCAAGGCCGCCAAUGUCCUACUUGACGGGAAGUUUGAAGCAGUCAUAGGAGACUUUGGGCUGGCGAAGAUGAUGGACAUAGGGAGAAACACAGUGACAACAGGGGUCCGCGGGACAAUGGGCCACAUAGCUCCUGAGUACUUUAAGACGGGAAGGCCAUCAGUGAAGACAGACAUAUUUGGAUAUGGUGUCAUGUUAUUAGAGAUUGUGACAGGUGAGCGUGCAAUUUUCCCCCACUUCAUGGAAGGGGAUGGCGAGGUCAUGCUCAUUGAUCAAGUGAAAUUGAUGAUGCAAGAAGGGCGAUUGGAAGAAAUCAUAGACCACAAUAUAGACUGUGCAUAUGACUCUCAAGAGCUAGUAAAAAUUAUCCAAGUAGCACUCCUCUGCACCCACAUUAACCCUGGUCAACGCCCUGCUAUGUCGGAAGUUGUGCAUAUGCUGGAAGGAAAUAUUGUGUCGAAAGAUCGGUGGGAGGAGUGGCAGCGAGCUGAGCUUACCCGCCGGGAGCAGUAUGAGAAUAAGCAGCACCACAAAUUAUUCAGCUUCAGUGAGGAAUCACUUAACAUCCAUGAAGCCAUUGAGCUAUCUGGUGGCAGAUGAGCUGCAAGAAUAUCUGGUUUCACUUGCAUCUUUGUUAGAAAGAGGAAAUAUCAGAACUCAGAAAUGUUUUUGCAGAUAUUAUCUAUCAGGAAUACUCAAAAGAAUUGGGAAGAAAAUGCAAGCGGGUUUAUAGGAUCAUUGAUAGAACUAUUUAUAAGUAACUGCACAUAGUAUGUGGUGCUGUUAACACAGUGUUGUACUGUUGUGCUUCUACAUAUAGCUCACACAUUACUAAUCUAUGUAUA